GUUAAACUCUCGAUUUAAUUAUGUAAAACAGGUUCUUCAGUGAAUAGCUCCCAUUCCGAUGUCUCACGUGGAGGACAAUCGGUAAAGCGGGGAUAAGUUACAGCGAACGGUACUUUCACAUGACGUAUCUCAUUGCUCGAAAGUAAACACGCCUCGAACGCACAGUCGAAAUCAGCUCUAUCCUCGUUCGGAUUAUUAUGUCUGCUGAAAAGGAACACGAAAAAGAGCAGAACAAGGUCAACGACCUGUCGCAAGAAGCGAGAUGUAUCGCAAGAAAGCAAUUCAUGAGUUUGAAGGUGAAGACGAUCCUGAAGGUUCUUCUGUCUUCCGUCGCGGGCCCACUCAUCCUCUACGGUGUGCUUCUCGUGCAUCAGCGUUACCAGACGCACACGAAACAUCUGCCCGGGAUAGAGGUCGAGGAGGAUCGACCGAGGUUCUGGGUAUACGCCAGACAUAACGACACCGGCUACCUGACGCAUGUGCGCGCUGUGUUGUCGCGACUCGGCUUUCGCGAGAGCGCCAACCAGUCCGGUUGGGAUCUGUUGUGGGCCCACGAUUAUCCGUUCCGCAAGUUGGCCGCGAGUUUGCACAGACUGCAGCGGCAUCAGCGUGUCAACCACUUUCCCGGUUGCGGCUACGUCACCAACAAGGUGGAUCUAUCGAUGUCGCCCGGUCGUUACAUACCGACGGCCUUCAGGAUGCCCGACGAUCGGGAGCGAUUUCUCCGUCACGUGGCCGCGAACCCUGACAAGAAGUUCGUGCAGAAAUCGAACGAUCACCGAGGCAUCCGCUUGGUCAGCAGCCAUGACGCUAAUCUCACCGCCGACGGCAUCUUCGUACAGGAGUUCGUCGAGCGACCAUAUCUCGUGGACGGCUACAAGUUCGACAUCGGCCUCUACAUCGUCAUCACGUCCGUGGAUCCGCUGCGGCUCUACGUCUAUCAGGGUGACGUGCUGUUCCGUUUCUGCCCGGUCGCGUAUUAUCCCUUCGAUGCCGAGGAUUUGGACAAGUACGUGGUCGGCGACGACUAUCUGCCGAUCUGGAAGGUGCCAUCUUUAAAGAAGUACUACGCGGAGCUCGGCUACUCGAUGAAGGACUCCUUCGACGCUUAUGUUCGGGAGCAGGGCAAAGAUCCCGCGGAAAUGUGGGAACGCGCUUACGACGCUAUCCGCGAGGUCUUCCUGAUGAAGGAGUCUCAGAUCAGAGAGAUCUCUAAGCGCGUCGGCAACGGCAGGAACUUCUUCGAGCUCAUGCGAUUCGACCUGGUGCUCGACGAGGACUUGAAUGUCUACACGAUGGAGGCGAACAUGUCGCCGAAUCUCUCAUCAGCGCAUUACCCACCGAAUCAGCUGCUUUACGAGCAGGUCAUAUUCAACACACUCGCGCUGGUCGGUGUCGGCAAGAGAAUCAGAAGGAGAUCUCUGAAGACGAGUAGCAAAGCGGAAGAAGAUAUGGAGGUGGCGGAUAAAAACAUCGUGGUAUUGCCGGAGCUCUGCAGAGAAUGCGACGAUUGCUUCCGCGUGGAAUGUCAAUUGUGCAGGCCGUGCUUCACGCCGGAAACGCGGCUCAUUUUGUCGCAGAGUUAUUUGGAGCAUCAGAAUCGAAUGGACUUUCAGCGAAUCUUCCCACCUUCUAUAAGGAAGGACAUGGUUUCAAAGGAUUAUACCUUGAGGAAUCAGUUGCUUAUUAGAUGGUAUCAAGGUAAAUGCGAAAUGGACAAGACGUGGUGUAUUUGAUGCUCAGAACACACAUGAAGAUAUUGAGCAAAUCAAAAGUACAUUGUAGAGGAUUCUGACAUAUUGCUUAAUAUUUAUUUCUGAUUCUUUUUAGUCUUAAUAUCGAGUAUGAAGUACCCAUAAAAGUGUACAUAUAGUUCUAAAAUUCAGCGGGACCAAAACGAAAGGAAUUUAUGACAAUAUGUAAAACGCACGCAAGAUAGAAACACAGCUAAUAAUAUUAAUGUUAGGCUUAAUAUUAUUGUUAUUUGUUGCGCUAUUUGUACAUUGUACAUAAAGAGUACGAAAAAGCUGUACAUCACAGUUAAAUAUCUUGGCGCGAAUGUAUAGCCACUGAGAAUAAAAUCAAACAUAUCUUACA